GCCGGGUGGGGGCGCCGGGGAGGCGGGCAGGGCGGGCACGAUGGUGCCGGGGGUCGGGUGGCCGGUGAGUUACGUGCUGCUGUGCGGGCAAGCAGCGCUGCUGCUGGGGAACCUGCUGCUGCUGCAGGGCGUGUCCCGGAGCCACCAGCACAACGCGACCGGGGACCCCGGGGAGGCCGAGCCCGAGCAGCCCGCGGGCAGCCCGGCCCCGGCCUGUGACUACGGGGACCCGCAGGCGCCGCUUGUGCUCUGCACCUACCUGCCAGAGGAGUUCAUUGAAUGUGAGGAUCCAGUAGACCAUGUUGGAAAUAUUACUGCACAGCGAGAAUUGGGUUACGGAUGUGUUAAGUUUGGUGGCCAAGCCUAUAGCGACGUAGACCACACUCCAGUGCAGUGCAAAGCACUAGAUGGUAUUGAGUGUGCAGAUCCUCGGACUUUCCUACGAGGGAAUAAACCAUGUAUAAAGUACACUGGCCAUUACUUUAUAACCACUUUACUCUACUCCUUCUUCCUGGGUUGUUUUGGAGUGGAUCGAUUCUGCCUGGGCCAUACAGGGACAGCAGUGGGAAAACUACUAACUCUUGGAGGACUUGGUAUCUGGUGGUUUGUUGACCUUAUUCUCCUUAUUACUGGAGGGUUGAUGCCCAGUGAUGGCAGCAACUGGUGCACAACUUACUGAACAAAAAAAUACUAUUUGAGAAUUGACAGCGGGAGAAGUUAAUGUGGCAUCUGUCCCUAUACGACUGGUUACAAUUGUUCUGCAGAGUCAGAACAGCCUGUUUUUCUGCAUUUUUUUAUUUUGUAUAAAUACAUUCUGGAUUUGCAAAGUGAAUGCAGUUGCAGAACAAUGCUAUACCUAACUUCUUUGUACAUCCCCCAAAUUUCAUUUACAAAGAAAACUACUCACUGUAUAUUCUUCCUAUUCAUGGGGCAAUUUUUUCUCCAGAAUAACAGAUUUGACACUGCAGUUAAGUAUUGUACCUUUCCUUUGGAUGUUCACUUUCAUACUAAUAUUUCAAGAUAGCAUGUGCUAAAGUGCUCUUUUUAGCCUCUCCACUAUAAAGUGUAGCUAUUCCCAUUACAGUAGAUUUCAGAGGUUCAUUGAAUUAUAGAAGUACACAUGAUGAAAUUUUCCUUAAAUGACAAACAUCAGUGUGCUGUGGAAGUGAUCAUUUACUUAACGCAGUGAUGUGCAUAAAUGGGAGAAGCUUUGAGCAGCACAACUUUGUAACUUUUUGAACAUUGGUUCCUAGGUCUUAUACACUGCAUUGUACAAGAAUACUUUAGAGCCCUGAACCUUCUCGCCUUCGUAAAAGGCGCAGCAUCUACAAGCACAGAAAGUCAAGCAAAUGUCUUAAAAUAAAAAGUGUGUGGAAAAACAGGUGCUGCUGCACUAUCUUA